GAGCUUCCAGGUGAAGCACAACUGUGUAAUUCGGAAGCUAGAACUCAGCUGAUCGCUUCACCGCCAAGGUUCCCACCAUGGCUUUGACACACGAUGACCUCGAGCAGAUUAUGAAGCAGGAGUUUCCUGACUUUACGUGUAUAUGUGAAAUAUGUGAUUGUGGGCGUCAUAAGCACCACAAGAACUGCAAACGAGUGGGCAAAAUAAAUAAGCGUCGUCAAAAGCAAUGUCUUCUAACGACCAGCCAGGAGACAUUUAAAGCCUUCUCCGCCCGUCCCCGCUCCAGCAAGAGACCGCCACAGACACCACGUGACCCUAACCCACCCCCCAUGAUGUUCAAGACGAACCAGAGGGAUGACUUCAGACCACACGGUGAAGUGCCUAGGGUCCAACCGUUUGCGUUUCCUGACACAUACGAGAUAGACAAGGGACCUUUUCAAAACGUCACUUUCUACAGCGCCGAAUAUGGUCCAAAAGAGCUCCCCUCAGAGACAAUCUUGCGCCCCACUUCCCAGGGGAGGUACAUGAGGAAAACGUCGGCAAAGUUAGACACACGGACGACCAAUAAAGAAUCGUUCAAACACUGGGUGCCGCAGCCAGCCAUUCGUUUCGGAGAGCUUCCAAGUUUUACAGGGUCGGUGUUGUACCCAGAACAGAAGAACAAGCUACCACAGAGCACGCAGCAGCAGUCCUACCCGGGAGCCUACGCCAAGAAACUAGAACCGUGCAAGAUCGGAGAGGGGGAUAUUAAGUUUGAAGGUGCGCAAAUGUUCGUGACAGAGCAGAGGGCCAAUUUCCCAGGCCACGACCCCAAGCUGAACCCGAUGCCAGAACCGUUCGUCAAGGAGGAUCAGACAUACAGACCUAAGGACGGCAAGUUUGAUGGCCUCACUGUCACCAUGGCCGACUUCACCGAGAAGGAACUAGCCGCUGCACACGUGCCACGGGCUUUGGCGCCAAUUACGAAGUUGGACGAAAACAAGCCGAAGUUUGACGGCCGCACAAGCUUCAAGGAAUUCUACAAGAACUGGAACGUGCAGCCCAGAAAGCGAUACGGAGACUUCCACGAGGCUCAGAAAUAUUUCCCUCCCAUUGAGAAGUUCGACACUAAGUCUACGACCCAGGCUACUUACAUUCCAAAAGAGUUUGACCCCGUAAAGCCAUAUAUUCCCGAAGAGCAUACUCUAAAUAAGGACGGUAAGCUAGACUUUACUACCGUCAAUGCAGACACUUAUAAGCGACCACCCGUCAAAUUGUGCAAGGCAGAGGCUUUUCUAAUUCAACAAAAAUUAAAAAAGGAACAGCAAGAGACACUGAGGCAGCAGCAGGAACAGUUGAGUAAAUCUCAAACGAGGCCAAACAAAACCCCGAUUGCUGCGAAGUAAUGUGGAGAGAAUAUGAUAAAGAAAUGAACUUGCCGCAAGUAAAUUUAAUUGCUCACGAGGUAUUUACGACAGCUUAAGAACAAU